GCCCCCUCAGAUGCUGUCCAGUUCCGCUUCUUGUAGCAGCAGCUUCACAGCAGAGGAAGGAAAGAUGGCGGCGUCCGAGUCUGACAGAGAUCCAACGUCCGCUUUAUGUUCUGAAUUCCUGAAUUUCUCCGCCAAAGACACCGCGACGUGGUGGCUGGCGGCGGCCGAUCUGCAGCACGAGGUGUACCAUCACUUGGCCGUCUAUGUACCCAGAAUACUUUGCCUGGGUCCAAGUGGGGUGGGCAGCAGCAGGGAGGAGCAGAGGGAGGAGCUGGCCUGUCAGCUGCUCCUUCUGGCUCCUCUGGAGUGGUUCUUGCUGGGGGAGGAGCCAGCAGCCCGCCUGGCUCAGCUACAGCAGAACAAUCAGCCAUCACCGCUGUGUGGGCACGUGUUUAAGGUCGGGGAGCCCACCUACUCCUGCAGGGAGUGUGCAGCUGAUCCGACCUGUGUUCUGUGCAUGCAGUGUUUCCUGGGCAGCGUUCACAAAAACCACCGAUACAGGAUGACCACGUCAGGAGGUGGAGGUUUCUGUGACUGUGGAGACACUGAAGCCUGGAAGAAGGGCCCUUACUGCCAGAAGCACACUCCUACAGACAACAGCAGAGAUACAGAGGAGGACCCUGUAGCUCAGCUCCCAACUGACAUGGUUGCCCGCGGUUACAGCAUCUUCUCCAUCAUCCUGAAGUAUGCUGUGGAGCUGCUCACCUGGGAACAGGAGGAUCAGCUCCCUGAAGGACUGGAGCCACCGGAGAGAGGAGACACCUAUUACUGCAUGUUGUUUAAUGAUGAAGUCCACACGUAUGAGCAGGUGAUCUACACUCUACAGAAAGCUGUCAACUGCAGCCAGAAAGAAGCCAUCAGCUUCGCCACCACCGUCGACAGAGAUGGCAGAAAGUCAGUUCGAUACGGAGAUUUCCAGUUCUGUGAACAGGCCAAAUCUGUGAUAGUGGUGAGUACUGCUGACCUGACCAGACCUCUCAGGGUUCAGGUGAUGCACUCCUCUGUUGUUGCUCAUCAGUGUUUCGCUCUGAAGGCUCUGAGCUGGUUAGGACAGAUCAUUCAGUACUCUGACGGUCUGCGGAGAAUCCUGUGUCAAGUCGGCCUUCAGAAAGGUCCAGAGGGAGAAAACUCCUCAUUGGUCAACCGACUGAUGCUGAAUGACUCCAAGAUGUGGAAAGGAGCGAGGAACAUUUACCACCAGCUGCUGAUGAACAGCCUCCUCAUGGACCUCAAGUACAAGAAAAUAUUCGCCAUCCAAUUCGCCAAGAGUUAUGAGCGAUUGCAGAGCGACUAUGUGAAAGAUGACCACGACCGUGAGUUCUCCAUCACUGACCUGUCAGUACAAAUAUUCACCGUCCCCUCACUGGCCCGGAUGCUGAUGGUGGAGGAGAACCUCAUGACCACCAUCAUCAGGACCUUUGUGGAUCACCUCCGUCACAGAGACCUGCAAGGACGCUUCCAGUUUGACCGCUACACAGCCCAGCAAGCCUUUAAGUUUGGACGAGUCCAGAGUCUCAUUGGAGACCUCAAGUACGUCCUAAUCAGUCAUCCCACUGAGUGGAACGAUCAGCUCAGACUGAAGUUUCUAGGAGGUUUGGAUGCUUUUCUGGAGCUGCUCAAGUGUAUGCAGGGUAUGGACCCAGUGAUGAGACAGGUGGGGCAGCAUAUUGAGAUGGAGCCCGAGUGGGAGGCAGCGUUCACUCUGCAGAUGAAACUGACCCACAUCAUCUCCAUGAUUCAGGAGUGGUGCUCCACCGAUAAGCGCGUGCUGAUCGAGGCCUACAGGAAGUGUUUGAGCGCCCUCAGCCACUGUCACAGCGGCCUCUCGGACGGUGAGCAGCCAAUCAGCUUGAGUCUGGCCGGUCACUGUGUGGAGACAUUCAGGUACCAGGUGUCUCAGGACAAAGUGUCCAUACACCUGCCGGUCUGCAGGCUGCUGGCAGGUCUCCACGUUCUCCUCAGCAGGACAGAAGUGGCCUCUCACUUCCCUGAGCAGCUGCCUCUGGGUGAACUCAGCCCCCCCCUCUUGAUCGAACUCCCCCUCCGCUGCUUGGUGCUCUGUGCCCAGGUGCAUGCUGGGAUGUGGAGGAGGAACGGCUUUUCCCUGGUCAACCAGAUCUACUAUUACCACAAUGUCAAGUGCAGAGUGGAGAUGUUUGACAAAGACAUCAUCAUGCUGCAGGCAGGGGCAUCCAUGAUGGAUCCAAACCACUUCCUGAUGAUUGUUCUCAGUCGAUUCGAACUGUUUCACAUUUUCAGCUCUGCAGAUGUUAGGAAGAGAUACAGAGAGGCCAACAAGGAUGUGGUGCAGCAGAACAACACCCUGAUCGAGGAGAUGCUUCACCUCAUUAUCAUGGUCACUGGUGAGCGGUACGUCGCGGGCGUUGGACAGGUAGAGCCCUUCGAUGAGGUCAGAAGAGAAAUCAUCCAUCAGCUGUCUAUCAGACCUAUGGCUCACAGCGAGCUGGUGAAGGCUCUACCUGAGAACGGUAACAAGGAGACUGGUCUGGAGAGAGUCAUCGACAGUGUCGCUUCAUUCAAGAAGCCAGGUGUCACAGGUCGGGGUCUGUAUGAACUGCGCCCAGAGUGGAACAGAUAUUUCAACCUGUACUUCUACCACUAUAGCAGAGCUGACCAGUCCAAGGCAGAGGAGGCUCAGAGGAAGCUGAGGAGACAGAACGGAGAGGACACAGCCCUGCCCCCCCCUCCACCUCCCCCCUUCUGUCCUCUGUUUGCCAGCCUGGUGAACCUGCUGCAGUGUGACGUGCUGCUGGCUGUAGAGGGCGCUGUGCUUCAGUGGGCUGUGGAGCCCAGUGGGGGGGGCUGGACUGAGUCCAUGCUGCAGAGGGUGCUCCACCUGGUGGGCAUGGCUCUGCUGGAGGAGCAGCAGCAGCUGGAAAACAACAGUGGAGAUGAGGAUGUCACCUUCAACUACACCAGCAAAAUCACACGUCCAGGUGAAGCUCCCAGUACUUCAGGAAGUGUCCUGGCUCUGUUGGAGAGUCUGCAGAAUGCUCCUCACCUGGAGGUUCACAAAGACAUAAUCACCUGGAUCCUCAAGAUGGUGUCAAAUAUCAAAACAAUGAGAGAACGAACGUCAUCCACAUCCAUGGUCAACAUCAGCCCAGGACAAGGACUGGAGGAGAUGGUGAGAGACAAAGACAAGGCAGAGAGGAAGAGGAAAGCGGAGAUGGCUCGGCUUCGGAGGGAGAAGAUCAUGGCUCAGAUGUCUGAGAUGCAGAAACAUUUCAUCAAUGAGAACAAAGAACUUUUCCAACAGACUGUGGAGGAGCUGGAGGCCUCAACAUCUGCUGCUGCAGAGAACAGUCCUCCCAGUUUGGAGUCAACCUGUGUGUCACAGGUGUGUGUUGGUCCCAAAAGGGUGAGUGGAGCCGAGCGUCGUCAGCUGGUGACCUGUAUCUUGUGUCAGGAGGAGCAGGAGGUCAAAGGUCACGGCAAAGCCAUGGUACUCGCAGCAUUUGUCCAGAGGUCGACUGUUUUGUCUAAAAAUCGCCACCGUAACCUGCCUGACCCAGAACAUCGGGACCCUCUGUUCAUGCAUCCUGACCUGUCGCUAGGGAUCCACACAGCCAGCUGUGGACACAUCAUGCAUGCCACCUGCUGGCAGAGGUAUUUUGAAGCGGUACAGUUGAAGGAGCAGAGACGUCAGCAGCGUCUUCGAGGUCACACCAGCUACGAUGUGGAGAACGGAGAGUUUCUGUGUCCGCUCUGCGAGUGUCUGAGCAACACUGUGAUCCCUCUGCUGCCACACGUGCACUCAGCUGACCGCAGUGUCGAUCAUCCCAGUCUUGAGGUGUGGCUUAAGACGACCAAUCAGCAGAUAGCAGCACUACAUUCCUCCCACGGGAACCGGUCUGACAGUGCAGCAGAGGAGGCGGAGCCUGCUGUUCCUGACGGAUUCAGGGUUGACGUCAUUCCACAGAACCCUUUCUCCAGCAGCAUCAGUGAGAUGAUCACCACCUUCAGCAUGUCGACCUACAAAGUGGGACUGAAGGUGAACCCCAAUGAGCAGGACCACAGAGUCCCGGUGCUGAGCUGGUCCACCUGCGCCUUCACCAUCCAGAGUAUAGAGCACCUGCUGAUGGAUGAGGAGAAGCCAUUGUUUGGAAGUUUACCUUGCCGACAGGACAACUGUCUGAGCUCCCUCACCAGGUUCGGUUCGGCCUGUUGGACUGCAGCUCCACUAAAAACAGUUCAUACACACUUCAUCAGACUGCUUGCAGCGCUGGUCUCAGACUCGCAGGUAGACGCCACUCUGUGUAUCCUUGAUAUCGACAUGUUUCACCUUCUGGUGUACAGUGUGUUGUCCUACAGCUCAGUUCACAGUCUGGACCAAUCAGGACAAAGUGUGGUAGACUCGGCCCACCUCCACCUCCUUCACCUGGUUACUGUGGCUCACCUGGUUCAGAUCCUGCUCACCUCCAACACAGAGGAGGUGUGUAUGGAUCAGGACACAGGAGGGUCCCAGGAGGAGGAGCUCACCUGUCAGCUGUACAACACUCUGAGGAAACACCUCGGCAGUGUAUUACCUGAGGUGUCCUCUGGGUGGCAGUUAUGGCGAUGUGUUAAAGCUGGUGUCCUGCCGUUUCUUCGCGCCACUGCCCUUUUCUUCCACUACUUGAACUCUACGGCACCGCCUGCUGACUUGCUGGUUGCAGGUCCGAGUCAGUGGGAGGCGCUGUGCAGCUACCUCAGUCUGCCCUCCAAUUUGCUGCAACUCCAUCUAAGCCACCAUACACUGCUGGAGCCACUCAUACACAGGUGGUGUUGUCAUCCAGGAGUGAGAGAGACACUGCAGGGGGGCGGAGUCAUCAUCAGGUUCCCCAGAGAAUCGAACAGACUGAUUGACUUGCCUGAAGAUUACAGUGUCCUGAUCAACCAGGCAUCUAGCUUCACGUGUCCACGGUCAGGUGGGGAUAAGUCUCGUGCCCCCACCUUGUGUCUGGUCUGUGGCUCCAUGCUGUGUUCUCAGAGUUACUGCUGUCAGACCGAGGUGGAAGGAGAGGACGUAGGAGCCUGCACCGCCCACACCUUCACCUGUGGAGCUGGCCUUGGACUCUUCCUCAGGGUCAGAGAGAGUCAGGUGUUGUUUGUAGCAGGUAAAACAAAGGGCUGUUUCUAUCCUCCUCCAUACCUGGAUGACUACGGAGAGACCGACCAGGGCCUCAAGCGGGGGAACCCUCUCCACUUGUGUUUGGAGCGGUACAGGAAGAUUGAGCGUUUGUGGCGUCAGCACGCCAUUGCCGAGAUCAUCGGCCACGCUCAGGAGGCCAAUCAGACGCUGGUUGCCAUUGACUGGCAGCACCUGUGAUGUCCAUCUUGGCUCCACCCCCCACACUCAGAGACUGCCAGCAAUUUGUUCUCAGCUCUUGUCCCGCCUAAUAAGCAGCCUUUCCUCUCGAUCAGCCAUCCUUCUCCUGCCCAGCGCUGAGCUCAGAUCAGCUUUCAGGGAUUUUUUUUUUCUUUCAGACAUUUGGCUUCUGUCUGAGCUCUGACCCGCCCAUGACCCGUCCACCAUUCACGUUUCAUCGUUGCCGUUUUCCUUAUAUUGGAAACUUUGUGCUUUCAGAGACUUUCUGACUUUUUGUGCGAUUGUUUAAAAAUCCAUGUGAUGUUCAGCAGAAACAGGAAAACGCUCUUGAGAGUGAGCAAACUGGAAGCCAGCCCAUGUGCAGUAGACUAAGUGACAGGUACAUUCAGAUGUGAACAUGUCAUGUUUUUCUGAUAAACUCAACUGUUUCA